AUGAAUGUACAGUUGUUGGAGUCUUUUUUCGUUGACGAGGUCAAAGCAGCUCUCUUUGAUAUGGCUCCUGAGAAAGCUCUUGGUCGUGAUGUUUUGAUUCCAAAAAAGAAAGUACUUGAGAAAGUAUCUGAUUUGAGGCCGAUUGCCUUAUGCAACGUGGCCUAUAAGUCUUCACCACACUUCUCCGCCCUUUCUAUCUCUGCGCUUUCAAAGACGAAGUCAUAUCUACCUGCUUUUCACGGGAGUGGAAGACCUGCUGCACUUCUGCUCUGGUUUAAGGAUUGGAAUUCAGACAGAAGUUCUGAGGGACAAUAUCCAUCUAGAAGUGGAAGUCGCUAUGGAAGAUUGAACUCAGUUUCAGAUAUGUUCCACAGAACUUUGGAAAGUGGUUAUGAGAGAAUCAAAAGCCUGAAAGAUUCUCUUAAAUCUUAUUCACUAAACCAUGCUCAUACCAAAGACAUGGAAUCUACAAAGAAGAUUCUUGAUCCACAAGGGUCAUUCCUUCAGAGAUGGAAUAAAAUAUUUGUACUAUCUUGUGUAGUUGCCAUCUCUUUGGAUCCUUUGUUUUUCUACAUUCCAGUGGUUGACAAUGACAAAAAAUGCCUUGGAUUGGACAGAAAAUUGGAGAUCACUGCUAGUGUUUUGCGUUCCUUUACUGAUAUCUUUUACAUCCUUCAUAUUGUCUUACAAUUCCGGACGGGGUUCAUUGCCCCUUCUUCACGCGUAUUUGGAAGAGGUGUUUUAGUAGAAGAUACUUGGGAAAUUGCAAAAAGAUAUUUGUCCUCUUAUUUCCUAAUUGACAUUCUUGCAGUUCUUCCCUUGCCCCAGGUUGUGAUUUUGAUUAUAAUUCCUAAAAUGCGAGGCGCACAAUCUUUAAAUACAAAGAAUUGGCUGAAAUUUGUUGUGUUCUUCCAAUAUAUUCCAAGGAUGCUUCGAGUUUAUCCACUAUAUAAAGAAGUCACCAGAACAUCUGGCAUACUUACUGAAACAGCAUGGGCUGGGGCUGCCUUCAAUCUUUUUCUUUACAUGCUUGCUAGUCAUGUACUUGGAGCCUUUUGGUAUCUGUUUUCUAUAGAACGAGAAACUACAUGUUGGCAGAGAGCUUGUGGGAAUUCAUCUCCCUGUCAUCAUGCCUCAUUGUAUACUGGUGAUGAUCACACGACUUUUAAAACACUUCUAAAUGAGUCUUGCCCUAUAGACACGCCAAACACAACAAGAUUUGAUUUUGGCAUAUUCCUUGAUGCUCUUCAGUCUGGUGUUGUAGAAUCAAGAGACUUCCCUCAGAAGUUCUUUUAUUGCUUCUGGUGGGGCCUGCAAAACCUGAGUUCACUUGGUCAGAACCUCAAGACGAGCACCUUUGUUUGGGAAAUUUGCUUUGCUGUUUUCAUAUCCAUCUCUGGGUUGGUGCUAUUUUCAUUUCUCAUUGGAAAUAUGCACACAUAUCUGCAGUCCACGACAAUAAGAUUGGAGGAGAUGAGAGUCAAAAGACGAGAUGCAGAGCAGUGGAUGUCCCAUCGUUUGCUCCUGGAGGACCUUAGAGAGCGGAUAAGGCGGUAUGAACAAUACAGAUGGCAGGAAACUAGGGGUGUGGAUGAAGAAAAUUUGAUUCAUAACCUUCCUAUAAAGACAUCAGAAGAGACAUAA